AUGGCGUCUACUGGAAAUAAUGGGGAAAGGGAGAGACAGAACAUCGUUAGGGCACAUCGAUUUCUUCCGGAAGGUGUGUCGCAUGGGGAUCCAAUGUUGUGGACUGGAGCGUUUGACCCGUACGGGCGCCGUGAGGGAAGCAGCCGGGCAACGAUUGAAGUCAUGUACUGUCGAGUGCACUGA